AUGAGUUCUGAUGCAGGCUCCGCAGUCGAUAAUUCUCUGGAUGAUAUCUUCGGCUCUUCCCCUCCAGAGACUGAGCACGAACAACGCGAACCCACCAACUCGAACGAGCUCUCGGACCUCCCAUCCCUGCGCCGUCAACAUGUGACAGCAGGCUAUCGUGACGGGGUCACAGCCUCAAAAAGCCAAAACGUCCAAGCAGGCUUCGACGCUGGGUUCCCCAUUGGCGCACAACUAGGCAUGCGGGCUGGAACAAUUUUGGGUAUACUCGAGGGCAUCACCCGCGGCCUAGAAGACAAAAGUGCAUCAGUGGUGAAAAAUCCUGCGCGAGCUUCAGAGUCGAACCCGGCCUCACCUGCCAGGGAGAACCGCCUGCGUACUAGAGAACAGGUUCUUGCGAUCUACAAUGAAGUGCUAAAAGCAUUCGACGUGCAAUCCGUUUUCUCAGGGCUGACUGCGGAGCCUUCGACUGGGUCCGGCAAGCUCAGAAAGGAGAAGCCCGAGGCUCAAUUAUCGCGGAAAGGAGAUGCGGUCAUUACGACGUGGGAGGGCACAGUUUCUGUUCCGAAGUGGGAGGAGAACAUGGAUGCCUUGGAGAUGAAGGAGGGAGAAAACACGGGAGGAGUCCAGACCGAGCGAAUUUGA